UGACGAGCUAAGACUAUUCAACUGGGACUCAAGGCCUCGUGAAGAAAAUCCAACUGACAAGAAGAUUUGUUGGGUGAUUUUUGAAAGUGGGCCCAUUUCUGUAUCUGCUUCCAGAGGAAGGGACAAGUUAGUUUUGUGUUAGAAGAGAUGAACAAUAUGUUAUUCGAGACCCAGAGGAACGGUCUUGAGCACCUUAAAAAGGGAGCGCUUUCGAUAAGGUCCUUGAACCACGUUUCUUUUUCGGUACCAGAACCAGUGAAAACCGGACGUUUCUUUUGCGAUAUUUUAGGUUUUCGAGUGGUUCGACGACCCAACUUCAAUUUUGAUGGUAUUUGGUUGUAUAGCUACGGAAUCCAGAUACACCUCAUCCAGGGAACUGCUUUGGAAAGACCAAAUACGUUGAAGCCCAACACAGACCAUAUAUCUUUCGAAGCUGAUGACCUGACAAAUAUACAAAACCAUCUAGAUUCUUUUAAUAUUCCUUAUCUCCUUGAGUCCCAUGAAACGGAGAAACUUCGACAAUUGUUUUUUAAAGAACCCCAUUCUGGUAUCAUGAUCGAAAUUUGCAAUUGUGAAGUAUUUCCAGUGGAGUAUAUUGAUGAGCUAUGAAUGUGCUAUUGGAAUUGACCUUAAAAUCAAAACAAUGUGU